GGAGGCAGCUGCGGCCGGCGCUGGCCGAAAGGAAGGAGGUGCCAGCGGGUGCGCGCGCUGAGGGCUGGCUGGCCGUGCGAGAGGGGCUUGGUGAAGGCGGCAGCGGCGGCUGGACAGUGCAACGCGCGCGCGGAGGGGCGCCGAUGGUGCGGCCUCAUGUCUAAGACGCUGCGGAGGAAGCGGCACUGGCUGAGCAAGGUGCAGGAGUGCGCCGUGUCCUGGGGGGGCGGCGGUGGCUCCGGCCCGAAUCCCGACUGGUUGCGGGGCGGCGCCGAGCGCGGCGAGUUCCCCUACCUCGGGGCCCGCCUGCCGACGCUGGCCGAACCCGGCGCUGGGACGAGCCCCGUGCUGCUCUCGGGGAAGCCCCCAAGCCCUGGCGACGUGCUGCUGGAGGUCAACGGCACCCCUGUCAGCGGCCUCACCCACCGAGACACCCUGGCCGUCAUUCGCCACUUCAGGGAGCCCGUGCGCCUCAAGACCGUGCGGCCAGGGAAAGUCAUCAACAAAGAUCUACGGCACUACCUAAGCUUGCAGUUCCAGAAAGGCUCCAUAGAUCAUAAACUACAACAAGUGAUCAGAGAUAAUCUUUACUUGAGAACGAUCCCAUGUACUACAAGAGCUCCACGAGAUGGGGAGGUCCCGGGAGUAGACUAUAACUUCAUUCCAGUUGAGCAAUUUAAGGCUUUAGAAGAAAGUGGAGCCCUACUUGAAAGUGGAACAUACGAUGGUAAUUUCUAUGGCACUCCCAAACCUCCGGCUGAGCCCAGUCCAUUUCAGCCUGAUCCAGUGGACCAAGUGCUUUUUGAUAAUGAUUUUGACCCAGAAUCUCAAAGGAAAAGAACCACAUCAGUCAGCAAGAUGGAGAAAAUGGAUAGCUCCCUUCCUGAAGAAGAAGAGGAGGAAGAAAAGGAAGCAGUUAAUGGCAGUGGAGGCACAGAAAACAAAGAAAGACAUUCAGAUUCUUCUGACUGGAUGAAACCAGUGCCUAGUUACAAUCAGACAAGCAGUUCCAUGGAUUUCAGAAACUAUUUAUCAAGGGAAGAAAAUCUUGAACCUCUGCCUAAGAAUUGGGAAAUGGCCUACACAGACACCGGAAUGAUCUAUUUCAUUGAUCAUAACACCAAAACCACCACCUGGCUGGAUCCUCGUCUUUGUAAAAAAGCCAAAGCUCCUGAAGACUGUGAAGAUGGAGAGCUUCCUUAUGGUUGGGAGAAAAUAGAAGACCCACAGUAUGGAACAUACUAUGUUGAUCACAUUAACCAGAAAACCCAGUUUGAAAACCCCGUUUUGGAAGCCAAACGAAAAAAACAGCUGGGACAAAAUGAUGGAGGCCCUCCUAUUGCAGAACCAGUGAAAUCUCUCUUUACCCGAGAUCCAUCCCAGUUAAUAGGAGCGCUCAUACGGACAUCACUGAAAAAAAGCACCAUGGGAUUUGGUUUUACAAUAAUUGGUGGAGACAGGCCAGAUGAGUUUCUGCAGGUAAAGAAUGUGCUGAAAGAUGGACCUGCUGCACAGGAUGGGAAAAUUGCACCGGGAGACGUUAUUGUAGACAUAAAUAGUACAUGUGUCCUUGGCCACACACAUGCUGAUGUUGUCCAAAUGUUUCAGUUAGUUCCUGUCAACCAGUAUGUGAAUAUGACUUUGUGUCGUGGAUACCCACUUCCUGAUGAAAAUGAGGACCGUGUUGUAGACAUUGUUACUGCUACUCCUGUCUUAAAUGGUCAGCCAAUACCAAAAGGAGAUACUUGCAUGAUUAAUCAAGAGUUAAUACCUGGAACAGUGGUUUUGGACCAGAAUGGGAAACCAGGACAUAUUUUGUUAAAUGGUCGGCUAAAUGGCCCUUCAACGGAAUUUAAUGAACAGAGGGCAUCAGUGUCUUCUUCAGGAUGCUCUCAGGCAGAACUGGUUACAAUUCCUCUAAUCAAAGGUCCUAAAGGGUUUGGAUUUGCAAUCGCUGACAGCCCUGCAGGGCAGAAGGUGAAGAUGAUUUUAGACAGCCACUGGUGCCACGGUCUUCAGAAAGGUGAUAUUAUUAAAGAGAUUUAUCAUCAGAAUGUACAGAACUUGACACAUCUCCAGGUGGUGGAAGUGCUAAAGCAGUUUCCAGUUGGAGCAGAAGUGCCACUUCUUAUUUUAAGGGGAGGUCCUUCUUCGCCUGCAAAAUCUUCCAAUGUUACAAGUAUUGAUAAUAAAAUAGAGGACACUUCAGUAGGAAGUCAAGAGGCCAUCAAUGAGGCAUUUCCACAGCCCAUGCCUUUUCCACCCACUGCUGUAAGGUCAGCCUCCCCAAAGCUAGACCCAUCAGAAGUCUAUCUGAAGUCUAAAACGUUAUUUGAAGAUAAACCUCCAAACACAAAGGAUUUGGAUGUUUUCCUGAGAAAGCAGGAGUCUGGUUUUGGCUUUCGAGUUCUUGGAGGAGAUGGACCAGAUCAGUCUAUCUACAUUGGAGCUAUCAUUCCACUGGGAGCAGCAGAGAAAGAUGGCAGACUACGUGCUGCUGAUGAGCUUGUGUGUAUUGAUGGCAUCCCUGUCAAAGGGAAAUCACAUAAGCAAGUUUUGGACUUAAUGACUAGUGCUGCACGAAAUGGCCAGGUGCUACUGACUGUCCGCAGAAAGAUCUUCUUUGGUGUAGAUAAACAAUCAGAAGAGUCUUCAUCCCAAGUUCCCAUCUCCUCCCAGAAUGGCUCUCCCAGGCCAAAUCGAGCAGACCUAGCCAGACAGUUCCCAGAGGCCUAUGAUGUUGUACUGCAACGGAAGGAGAAUGAAGGAUUUGGCUUUGUAAUUCUUACUUCAAAAAACAAGCCACCGCCUGGUGUGAUUCCUCAUAAGAUUGGCCGUGUCAUUGAAGGAAGCCCAGCUGAUAACUGUGGGAAACUGAAAGUGGGAGACCGAAUUUCAGCAGUGAAUGGGCAGUCAAUUGUGGACCUCUCACAUGAAAAUAUUGUUCAGCUGAUAAAAGAAGCAGGAAACACUGUCACACUCACUGUUGUUGCUGAGGAAGAACACCAUGGUCCCCCAUCAGGAACAAAUUCUGCCAAACAAAGUCCAGCCCUACAGCACCGACCAGUAGGAACAGGACCAGUCAGCUCUGUGACCACAGAUAGGGGUCCUUCAGAAGCUGACCCUGGAAAAGAACAAAGCAACUGCUACAAGCACUUCUCACCAUCAGAAAUCAGUGUAGCAUCUACCACUGGAAGCAAACAUUCUCAGAGUCCUGGAUGUUAUCCUGUAGAGUUAGAGCGAGGUCUUCGAGGCUUUGGAUUCAGCCUUCGUGGAGGGAAGGAGUAUAACAUGGGGUUGUUCAUUCUUCGACUUGCUGAGGAUGGCCCAGCUAUCAAAGAUGGGAGAAUUCAUGUUGGUGACCAGAUUGUUGAAAUCAAUGGGGAACCAACCCAAGGAAUCACCCAUACACGAGCCAUUGAAUUGAUUCAGUCUGGAGGAAAUAAAGUUCUCCUCCUUUUGCGACCAGGAACUGGCUUAAUACCAGAUCAUGGUGAUCUGAAUAGUUGUAAUCCAACAUCCUCAAGUGUAACACAUGGUGAUCAGACACCACUUCCCUCAUCCUCACAUUCUGCUUCCACAUCUGAAGCAUCUCAUUUGCCAGGAUCAGAAGAGGCUUUAACAAAAGUUCAGACAUCUGAGAAACUGGAAGAACUGAAGAACACUGUGCCUGAAAAGAAAAGCACUUUAAUGGAAAACCACUUGGAGAUAGAGAAUACAACCUUUACACAAAGGAAUGUGAACAAGCAGGAUCUCCCCUCCAGCCUGGGUGAUGAGAUGGCACAUAGUAAUGCACAGUUAGCAAAGGGCAAGGCAACCAGAGGCAGAUCAGCUAGUCCAAAAAAGUUAAUCAGUAGUACUUCUAAAGACCAACAUCAAGUACGAAGCAUCAGCCCUAGGAGGGGUGACCCUAAAAAACACCACAAGAGGUGCUUAGACCAACCAGAGAGUCCCAGAAGACACACAGACAAGCACCAAGGAUCGUCUGAGAAUACAGUUAUUGGAAGGGGCCCUGCCUGGGAAAAGAGAGGCAGAUCUGUCAGUCCCCAGAAACAUCCAAAGAGUGAGAAAAGCAGAAACAAACUAAAUAUGGAAGAAGGGUUACCAGAACUUCAAAGCAGAACACCUACUGAUGAUAAAACCUCAGCUGUACCACCAAAAGAUGAAAAAGCCACGUUGGGAGAUUUGGGAGCCAUGAAGGAAAACAAAAACCUAAAUAUAGCUGCAAAAGAUGAGAAUUAUCCUUCAUAUGCUGCACAUGCCAAGUCAGUAAAACAAUCUUUCUCACCUUCAAAGGCUAAUCAACUUAGGAAGAAGAAAUUGGAAGAUGAAAAAAUGAAGCCAAGCUUUGAAGAGUCAAGCUCUAACCAGUUCCAAAUGGCAGGUCUUCCUGACAAUUUAACACUUUCUGGGGAUAAAAACACUAGACUUGAAACAGAAAAGCCUCUGAAUACAUUCAGAGACAAUGACUUGGAGCCAGCUGACAAAACCAAAGAAGAUGGAGUUUCCAAAUCUGAGAUUAGAUCUCCAGUGAAGAAAACAAUAACUCCUGGACCUUGGAAAGUACCAAGUGCAAGUAGAGUCACAAAAGCAGCGAGUGUGACUGACAAACGGGUUUGACUGACAAAUUUUUUAGAGCAUAUUUUAAUUAGGUUUCUAAUGUGGUCAAUUUGUUUUCACAAAACUAUCAUUUUUCAGACACUGUGACUGACCGAAUGAAAAGUACAUUUGAUUGUGAACUAAUUAGGCUGCAUGAAGGACCUUUUGGAUUGCGUAACUCUCUUUAAAAGCUGCUGUCCUUUUGUCCCUUUUAAAGGUUGUGUCCUGCUGCUCCUGAUGUUGCACUGCUAAGGCUUUCUGAUAGUAUUGUGAGUUAAUGAACAAAAUUAUUUAAUUCCUAUUAUCAGUGUAAUCAUGACUCAGUACUCGUUCUUGUGCCAAGUUAUCUACUGUAUCCUGCUGAAUCCUCUCCUGCAUUUUCCACUGCCACAGAAAAGGAAGAUUUUGUUUAAAGAUGAGUAUUUACUCAGGCAUGCUGCAUGUUUACAUAAGGGAUAUUUCUGAGUUCUCACUGCUUAAGCAAGAAGUUGGAUGGGCUGGUUCUCUUGGCUCUUUGCAUCAGGGAGCAAACACAUCCCAGUAGCCUUCUUUUGCAAAUAUUUGUCCUCAAAACCAUUCUGUACCAGCAAAGUAAGUUUGAGCAAGAACUGCUCCGUUCUGCGUAUUAAAUAUUUUCAUUUUACAGUAUAAGACCCAUUUUGAUUCAAUUGUUUAUGCCAACAUCAAAACAUUAUACAAAUUUCAAUCUGAAAAUCAAGGUAUUUUAAAAUCACAAUAAAAGUCCAUUAAUUUCAGUGAGACUACCUUGAAGCAAGUGGUUUCAGGGUUGCCCUCCAAUUAUGUGCAUUUUUUAAACAAACACCUUUUUAACACUAGAAAUUAAAUAUGCUGAGUGUGCAUAUGCUUCCAGGCUUACUGUAAUGCUGUGUGUCAGAAUCUUCCAUCUGUUCUUUGGUUUGGUUUUUCCCCUUAAUGCUGGUUAAACACUUGAAAAUUCCUGUCUUGCCUAAAAAUUGAAGAUCUUAAAUCACAGCAAGCAAAGUGAACCAGAAUCAAUCCACCAAUGUUAACUUCUUAAGAACUGUCCUUUUGUGUGCGUACUAAUAGAAUCCUAUUUUACUUUCCAUAUUUGUACAUAUAUUAUUUUCAUCUUUUAAACAGAGUCCAUUAACUUACCUCUUUUGUUUCAGCAUGUGUGCAAAUGUUAAUUUGAUGAAUGUUAACAGUGGAGCACCUUUGCACCUCAGACAUGUAAUUAAUUGGAGGUGGCAAUCUAUAGAGAGGGAGCUUUUGGAUUUUCCAGUGUUCUGGUGCUGGUUUGGGUAACAGGAGUGCUUUAUUUUGAUCCAGACCAGCAAAGCAGAAAGGAAGGGAAGGGAGUUUAUGAACUCUUACAUGAUCCAUAAAUAAUAUAUAUAUAUAUAUAUAUUUGCCAAUUAGCCUCCCUAGAAGAAAUUAUUUCUUCUUAUUUCCAUUUUCCUGUCAAGCUUUUUUCCAUUGUUUUCUGAACCUUUUUAGUUAUUUCUCUCUCUGGCCUUCUCAGCCCUGUACUAUGCACAGAUGAUUCUUAGAAACUUGUAGGUAGUGUAGCAGAGCUCUCACUGCCUGGGAUUUUCAGGGUCAUUUUAUAUCCUGCAAUGAUUUCUGUUAGCCGGUUUUGUGGAUUCAGUAGUGCUUCGAGCAAUACAUGAAAAGUUACAACUUGCUCCCAGUAGCAUAGCCAGCACUGUAGCAGCACACUUGUGUAUGUUGCAGACACAUUUCUGAUAUUGUCUAUAUGAACCCUAAUGCUGAGUGAAACUUUCCUUCCUCUUCUCUCCCUCCUCUAACAAAAUAGGGAAAGAUGUAUCCGUAUCAAUAGCCAUUCAGUAAGCAAAUAAGUGCAAGGCUACUCUUUCCUACACAUCAACAGCCUAUCAUUUCAAGAACAUUUUACAUGCUUUUUCUUUCAGUGGCCAACAUAUUCAAGAAUUCAUUAUUUUGUUCUCUUUGUAGUGAAAUCAUCUAGACCAGAACAUUGGGUAGUCAGUUUUACCACUCCAUUGAUCUGCACAGGAAUUAGGGAAGCAGCUGCAAGUGGGAAUUUAAAAAUAAGUUUUCCCAUUUUGUAGACAGCCUCCCCACUGCUAUUAUGUGUGUUUUCCCACUGUUACUGGAUCAGGGCAGCUGCCAGAGUAACACCAACAGGGAAGUGCUUCCCAUUUCCUUCAGCAUGAGCCUAUCAUUGAAAGCAACUAAAGCUGGCACUGGUUGUUAGCAAAUGUAGGCAAGGCUGAGAGCUUUAGGAAUGUUGUUUCUUUAUUAUUGUUAAAGUAAAGCUUGCUGGUAGAUAUGUCUUUCAUCCCUUGCUGGGUCUGAAUACUGGUGCAAUGGCUAGUAGACUGGUCCAGCCUUCUAGGACACUAACAAUUCUGUGAAUUGUCUGGAUGUGAGCACAAGAUAGUGAAGCUCCUGUGAUCCCAGAUGGGGCAUGAUUUCAGGAUUGAGCUCAGGAACUUUCUUAUAGAAGAGGCGUAUCUGUUGUCAUAGUAACAUGAUGUUCUUGCUGAGUUUGUCUGUUGUUCCCUUGAGCUGACUGUGCCACUACAACUUAACCAGAAACAAUCAGCGUAAAUGACAUCCAACUUGCCAGCUACAAGUCAUCUGCUCAAGGUUCUUAAGCAUCUCAGAAAAGAUGGUUGCUGACUGUCCCUUUCCUUACUAACCUUCUCCCAUCACAAGGAUCACAGUGAGAGACUGAAUUAUGGAAAGGAUUACAGCAACUGCAGCCAAAGCUUCUGGCCAGCAACUGUCAUGAAAAUUGAAGCCUGUUCACUGCUGGAAAAGAAAAGGGGCAUAAUAGGCAGUCUCGUUCUUAGAGGUACUUCCUCCUUUGACCAUCAGGACCAUAUACUAGUGUAACAGUGUUCAUUUAAAUCAUGCUGGAACAUCUGUUCACUUUUUUAAAAACUUGAAUACAUUGUGUGUUCCUUGCUGUAUGAAUUUACAAGUCCCAUAAAAAUCCUCAGCAGGGCUUUUUUCUCUGUUUAAAUAGUACCACACCACACACACACACCCCCCAUAUCAGAUUUGCUCCUUAACUGCUCUCAGCUUGAAAAAACACCUUCUAAUACUUUGUAUCAAAUGGUGGUGUUCAGGAAGGGAAUAUAACAGCUGUAUUGGGUGGGGCGUAUCUGUGGCGGUAGGUCACUGAGACAAAAUAAAUCAGUUCUUAACAGGAGUUACCAGCUGUUCAAGAAAAAAAAUUCUGGUUAAACUGUUUUUAAAAUAGUUUUUCUUAAUAUGUCAUUUGAUCUUAUUUAAAAACUCAAGUUGCUGUAGGAAGUAUGUGCAAAUAUUGUAGAAUAUUACUGUGAAAAUAUUUAAUAUUUGAGUUAGGCUAUAUAGAUUAAUAUCUUAAUAAAUGUCAUGAAUCCUUUCAGUAAGAUUAUCUCCACUUGAUCACAAAAUACAGCAUUGCAGAAGUAUCAGGAUGACCUAGUGAAACUGAAAUGGUUCCUUUCUCCUCCACUCAAAUAACCAUCAUCCAGAUGCUACUCUGCCAUCUAAUGGUGUGACCUAAUUUGUUGUCUUCUGUUUAAUGUGAAUCCUCUUAGUCAGAGACUCUUUAUCUGUAUGUAUCUGCAUAAAAUGACUUAGCAAUGUGGCCUUGGAAUGCUGAGAAACCUAUGGUUGUACUGGAUGUAAAUGUUUAUAUAUUGUACAGCACCUUUAUAUAUACUUCUGAGGUUCUGACUAGAAAGACCUGUAAAUUGCUCAUUAUUUUUUAUAUAGAUACAUUAAAGAGAGACUCUAGUUCAUGGCCUCUG